GACGCUCGCGCGAGAGAGAGAGAGAGUUGAAUGGGAAGCAUAAACUUGAAAAAGCACAAACCCAUUUCCUUCUCUCUCGUCUUUCUGUGACUCUCUCUCCUCUACCUUCAACAAUUUCUUUUUUUUUUUUUUGGCUCGGGAUAGACAGUAAUAUACCAAAUCGUGGUUGAGAGCAGGAGGAAGUUUGUAAUGGGGAAGGGUUCGAAGACUAACUGCAAGUCUGCAUCCCACAAACUCUUCAAGGACAAGGCAAAGAACCGAGUUGAUGAUCUGCAGGGAAUGUUCUUGGAUCUGCAGUUCGCAAGGAAGGAAAGCCGUUCAAUUGAUGUUGCAGUCCUUGAGGAGCAAGUUCAUCAGAUGCUCCGGGAAUGGAAAGCAGAGCUUAAUGAGCCAUCUCCUGCGUCUUCUUUGCAACAAGGUGGUCCUCUUGGCUCAUUCUCGUCAGACAUUUGUCGGCUGCUGCAGCUUUGUGAGGAGGAAGAUGAUGCAACAAGUGGAUUAGCUGCACCGAAGGUUGAGCCUAAUGAUCAAAACCUGCAAGUUGGACAUAAUACUGUAUUCCAAGGGGAAUACAGUGUGAACCAGGGGCAACCAGAACGUGGCUUUCCAUUGCUUAAUAAUUGCAAAGAUUCUCCAUCUGGAAUGCACAACAUGCCGGUUAACAAUUUUGAAGGCACUAAUCAGUUGGAUUAUCAUCAUUUUGACAUGCAUCAAGACUUUGAGCAAAAUUUCUAUGUUGGUUUUACUGGUACUGUCUAUGGUGGGGAGGAUGCCAUACCUCAUGUUUCUGGUUAUCUGCCAAGCAUAUGCCCCCCACCUUCUGCAUUCUUAGGUCCUAAAUGUGCACUUUGGGAUUGCCCAAGGCCUGCUCAAGGGUUGGACUGGUGUCAGGACUAUUGCAGUAGCUUUCAUGCUGCAUUGGCAUUGAAUGAAGGACCACCUGGAAUGGGUCCAGUUCUGCGUCCAGGAGGCAUCGGUCUGAAGGAUGGUCUCCUUUUUGCUGCUCUUAGUGCAAAAGCCCAAGGGAAAGAUGUUGGUAUUCCAGAAUGUGAAGGAGCCGCAACUGCAAAGUCACCAUGGAAUGCUCCUGAGCUCUUUGAUCUUUCUGUUCUUGAUGGUGAAACAAUUAGGGAAUGGCUUUUUUUUGAUAAGCCUCGAAGAGCAUUUGAAAGUGGGAACAGAAAGCAGAGGUCAUUACCUGAUUACAGUGGUCGUGGUUGGCAUGAGUCAAGAAAGCAAGUCAUGAAUGAAUUUGGAGGACUAAAGAGAUCGUACUACAUGGAUCCACAACCACUGAACCAUUUUGAAUGGCAUCUUUAUGAGUAUGAGAUCAAUAAGUGUGAUGCAUGUGCCUUAUAUAGAUUGGAUUUAACUCCUUUUUGA